AUGUCAGCUAAGCUGCUGGUGCUUUUCUUCCUCCUGGCAGUGUUUCAAGCCUGUUCCAGAAAGGUUGAAGAGGAUGAAUAUGAAGAUGUAACAGGCAACCAGCAAUGGGUAUUAGCUCCAAAAACGCAAGACACAGAUGCGACUCUCAUAUUAAACAAGUUGCUGAGGGAAUACGACAAAAAGCUACGGCCAGACAUUGGAAUAAAACCAACAGUUAUUGAUGUUGACAUUUAUGUUAACAGCAUUGGCCCAGUGUCAUCAAUAAAUAUGGAAUACCAAAUUGAUAUAUUUUUUGCUCAGACAUGGACAGACAGCCGCCUUCGUUUCAACAGCACCAUGAAAAUACUGACUCUAAACAGCAAUAUGGUUGGAUUGAUAUGGAUACCAGACACUAUCUUCCGAAAUUCUAAAACAGCAGAAGCUCAUUGGAUCACUACACCCAAUCAGCUUCUGAGAAUAUGGAAUGAUGGGAAAAUCUUGUAUACUUUAAGACUCACCAUCAAUGCAGAAUGCCAGCUGCAGCUACAUAAUUUCCCAAUGGAUGAACAUUCUUGCCCGUUGAUAUUCUCUAGUUAUGGCUAUCCUAAAGAAGAAAUGAUUUACAGAUGGAGGAAAAACUCAGUAGAGGCUGCAGACCAGAAAUCUUGGAGACUCUAUCAGUUUGACUUCAUGGGACUCAGAAAUACUUCAGAAAUUGUGAAAACCUCUGCAGGUGAUUACAUAGUCAUGACUAUAUACUUCGAUUUAAGUAGAAGAAUGGGAUACUUCACUAUUCAAACAUACAUACCCUGCAUCUUAACAGUUGUGUUAUCCUGGGUAUCAUUCUGGAUUAAAAAAGAUGCUACACCAGCAAGAACAGCACUAGGUAUUACCACUGUAUUGACCAUGACAACAUUGAGUACCAUUGCAAGAAAGUCUUUACCCCGUGUCUCCUACGUCACUGCCAUGGAUCUGUUUGUGACUGUAUGCUUUUUAUUUGUCUUUGCUGCUCUGAUGGAGUAUGCAACCCUCAACUACUACUCAAGCUGCAAGAAGCCAAACUGUACCAAGAAGAAAAAGAAAAAGGAGAACUAUUCUGUACUUGAUAUAAGACCGCCGCCUACAGUCAUCACAUUGAACAAUGCCAUGUACUGGCAAGAAUUUGAAGACACUUGUGUCUAUGAGUGUCUGGAUGGGAAAGACUGCCAGAGCUUUUUCUGCUGUUAUGAAGAAUGUAAAUCUGGCUCAUGGAGGAGAGGACGGAUUCACAUAGACAUCUUAGAACUGGACUCCUAUUCCAGGGUCUUUUUUCCAACAUCGUUCCUGCUGUUUAACCUGGUCUACUGGGUUGGAUACCUCUAUCUUUAAGUGUUGCCGGUAGUGGUGAAGACUGCUGUGUUUUCACACUUCUUGGGAUAGUGAACAUGAAAAAGUGAAGGAGGACAUGGUCAGUUUCAUCUCAAAUUAUAGAGGCCACGUUACCUUUUAUCAUCACAGAAAUCAAUGAAGGAUUUUAAUAUGUAGUUGCCUGAAAAAGAAAAACCUUGAAGAAUUCCCCUGACUGCUAUUCAUUUUAAAUACAAGAUUCUUACUAAAUUCAGCUGAAUUUGUAGUGUAAGCAAUG